CUCCUGCAACGGUAGAAACUCAACAAGUGCCUCCCAGCAGCGCAGCAUGCCCUCUAAGCUCAACUUGCUCUUUGCGGUGAUGCUGGCCGCCCUGCUGCAGCGCGCUCCCGGGGCUCCUGCACAGGACGCGCUAACCUACAGCCAGGCAGGUGACACCUCAGGUGAGGAGGAGGAGGAGGUGCCCCCCGAGCCGCUGAGAGACGUGUGGGAUUCGGUCCUCGGCGUGUCCAGUCGCCACCAGAAGCAGUUUGAAGAUGAAUUCCACAACAAACUGAAAUAUGAUUUUUUGGACAACUACAAAAUCUCCUCGCUUCCGGAGAGGUGCCCGACAUCCAACUUCAGCAAGGAGGCUUGUUUCCACAGGUUGGUGGAGGGCCUGCUUACUUUCACAGCUCUACUCCAGCAUGUUCAGAAGGAGUACCCCAGCAGCACGAUCCCCUCUGAUAUAAGACACUACAGCAGCAUCGUGAUCGGCCUGAUUCAACAAAAGAUGAAGCACCCUGAGCGGGUCACGGCAGUCAGCAGCAGCCAGGAGAGAGAGCAGCAGCUGGGGGACAUCGGCGGCCCCGACAUCUUCCAGAGGAGGAUGGCUGCACACAGCAUCCUGCACAGGUUCUGCCAGUUCCUCAUCUACUGCAAGAGAGAGCUGAAGAAAAGGGAGAGGUCCAGAGGAAGCAACAGGGAUAUGGCGCCCAUCAGUUGGCCUAUUUCAACAAGAUGAAAAGUAUUCAAAAUGGGUUAUGAAGGAAUACCUUAGGGAGACUGGGUGGUGUUAAGGGGGAUAUCAAAAAAGUGCAUGCUCUGAGUGCACUGAGGGGGUCUAUAGCAAUCUACGAUUGUGUAAAUCUUGAAGGCCUCAGGGCUCCAAUUAGCCACUAUCGUGUAACUUAUUUAAUCUAUUUAUACUUGGUGAAAAGAAUUAUUUAUUGUUGAUUGUGAUUUGAUUUUAUUACUGAUCCAUUUCUGGAUUGUGAUAUUACUGGAGCGGUAUUGUCAGAACUCCACUACUUUUGAAAAAAAUGAUUUUAUGUUUACAGUACUGUUAACUGUUAUUUAUUUAGAACUAUUAUUAUUCAACUGAAUUUGGUGUUAAUUUAAUUAAG